AGUGGCAGGCAGGGGAGGAUUAAGGAGACCGGUGGAAGCGGGCAGCCGCUGACGGCCUCCCGGUUCCUGGCCAGGCGAUGCCGGCAGUAUCCAAGGUCCGCAGCUCGCAGAAUUAGCAUGCCUCUUUCCUGCCCCGUAGACGCGGGGAGGGGGUGAGGAGAGGAGGCUGUCCUGUGCGCUGGAGAGGAGGAGGGUCCCGAAUGAGGUGACAAUGGAAGGACAUCAGAGAUGAGCAGGAUAUUGGAGCGGGGUGAUUGAGAAGGAUCCGGACUCUCUCUCUCUCUCUCUCUCUAUAUCUGUGUCUGUCUAAGGGGGAAAGCGCCUGAGACAAACAUAGGAGGAUGCAGAGUGGACAACUGCGGAGUAGUGGCGCCAGCAAUGUCCAAAAAGGCGAGAAGAAAUCUUGCUUUUCCAACAUCAAAAUCUUCCUGAUCUCGGAGUGCGCGCUAAUGCUGGCACAGGGGACAGUCGGGGCUUAUCUGGUGAGCGUGCUGACAACAUUGGAAAGGAGGUUUAACCUGCAGAGUGCCGACGUCGGAGUCAUCGCCAGCAGCUUCGAGAUUGGCAACCUGGCCUUGAUUUUGUUUGUGAGCUACUUUGGGGCGAAAGGGCAUCGGCCACGUCUGAUAGGAUGUGGGGGCAUCGUGAUGGCCCUGGGAGCUUUGCUGUCUGCCCUCCCCGAGUUCCUCACCCACCAGUAUGAGUACGAAUCUGGGGAGAUUCCCUGGGGACUGGAAGGAAAGGACCUGUGUGUUGGGAAUGUAUCAGCCAGCAACCAAGGACCAGAGGCAAAAAUCAUCUGCAGAAACAGGACUUCCACCAACAUGAUGUACCUCCUGCUAAUUGGAGCCCAAGUGUUACUGGGCAUUGGUGCUACUCCUGUCCAACCCCUUGGAGUCUCCUACAUUGAUGACCAUGUCCAGCGGAAAGAUUCCUCCCUGUACAUAGGAAUUCUCUUCACCACCCUGGUCUUCGGUCCUGCCUGUGGCUUCAUCCUGGGAUCACUUUGCACCAAAGUCUACGUGGACGCAGUUUUCAUUGACACCAGUAAACUGGACAUCUCCCCCGAGGACCCUCGCUGGAUCGGGGCCUGGUGGGGGGGCUUCCUGCUCUCCGGAGCUCUGCUCUUCUUCUCCGCCCUCUUCAUGUUCGGCUUCCCGCAGUCGCUGACCAUCAAGAGCGACCGGAUGCCGGAGAGCGAGAUGGCCACCCUCCCGCAGCAGUUCGAGAGGCCCAAGCCCGGCAACGGGGUGGUGGAGCUACGGCAACCGGCCCACUCCUUGUCCUGCUUCCAACAGAUGCGAGUGAUCCCGAAGGUGACCAAGCACUUGUUGUCGAACCCCGUGUUUACCUGCAUUGUGCUCGCCGCCUGCAUGGAGAUUGCAGUGGUCGCUGGGUUUGCUGCCUUCCUGGGCAAGUACCUCGAGCAGCAGUUCAACCUCUCGGCUUCCUCCGCCAACCAGCUGCUGGGAAUGACAGCCAUUCCCUGUGCGUGCCUGGGAAUCUUCCUUGGAGGCCUGCUGGUGAAGAAGCUCAGCCUGACAGCCCUUGGAGCCGUUAGGAUGGCCAUGUUGGUCAACCUCAUCUCCACCGGAUGCUAUAUUUCCUUCCUCUUCCUUGGAUGUGAUACGGGGCCCAUAGCAGGAGUCACCGUUCCUUAUGGCAACACUACCGUGUCAGACGCAGAUCUGGACCCUUACGCUCCUUGCAACAGCGACUGCAAUUGCAAGACAACAGCUUACAAUCCAGUCUGUGGGUCAGAUGGAGUUACCUACUUGUCCUCGUGCUUCGCUGGCUGUUCUAGUGUGAAUCUCACUUCCUGUGCUUGUCUGAACACUGGCCCCGUUAAGAAUGCCACUGUAAUCCCCGGCAAGUGCCCGAGCCCAGGCUGUCAAGAGGCGUUCCUGACCUUCAUGUGCGUGAUGUGUGUUUGCAGUCUCAUUGGGGCCAUGGCCCAGACACCAGCCAUCAUAAUACUUAUCAGGGCAGUUAACCCGGAGCUCAAAUCAUAUGCAUUGGGAGUCUUGUUCUUGCUCUUGCGAUUGCUCGGUUUCAUUCCUCCUCCUCUCAUCUUUGGCGCGGGGAUUGACUCGACGUGCUUGUUCUGGACCACGAUCUGCGGAGAGCUGGGUGCAUGUAUGCUGUACGAUAACGUCGUUUAUCGCUACCUCUACAUCAGCAUUGCCAUCACCCUGAAGACACUUGCCUUCAUCCUUUACACGACGACCUGGCACUGUUUGAGGAGGAAUGCCAGCAAGUAUAUCAGAGAUGACGAGGGCAACCUCCAGCCACUGACAGCCAGUGACCUCUUUGCAUCAACCUUAACGCUGGACACAGCAAGGAGGGACUCCAGUCACCAUCAGUCACAAAAGACCAAAUUUAUUUACAACCUUGAGGACCAUGAGUGGUGCGAAAAUAUGGAAUCUGUCCUAUAAAAGGACAUUUGAUUUUGUACUUUUUUUUGAAUUAAGACGUAAUGGUGCCCAGACUUUUGAACAAAAACAAAAUUUUUCUUCAAAGUUUUUGUUUUGCAAGACAAGCGCAGGGGCUAAGCAGGAUUGUGAACUGUUGAAAACAUUGUUAUAUUUGCAAGCAAAGGACUUAAUUACAUUUUGACAAGGGCCAAGAUUGCAACCAAUAAUCUGUUCAAAUGCCUUUGCCUGGAAUGGUGGGAUACUCCAUAUCAUAGACUGAUGUGGCUCGGGUCUGGUCCUGAGGCCACACUACACCAAGACCUCGCCAUUUCAAUCGUGCUUCUUUUGUCUUUGCCAAGCAGAGUUUAGGCACUUGUGACAGUCUGUAGAGCCAAUGGUUCCAACUUAACGCAGGUCCUCAUAAUUACAGACUGGGACGUUCCAGCCUCCUGCAAGUCUUCCUUCCAGGAAAGGUUUUGGGAAGAACGUUGCCUCCCAUCUGAAUGGCCAGGCAACCCUUUUGGAGCCACGACGAAUAACCAGGUUCACUGCAGUCCCCGAGUAGGAGAUCCGUAGGUUAUAUGUCAGGUCGAGGCUGAUGCAAGAGAUUUGAAUGGAACAAACUUUCCAGAAUAAAGAUCACAGGGCACCUGAGAUUCUAACAAAGUCUGUGAACUCUCUGUCCUCUUGUAAAUAAAUUUGUGGACCUACCUGCACUUGGCAGUAGACAGGAGAAAAAAUUUGCCUCUUUGAUAUCACAAUUAUUUGAUUCCAGUUAUUAAUUAAAUGAGAGUUUCACGUUGAGACAUUACAUUUUCCGUCUCAUGCAAUUAGUGUCUCUCAUUUUGCCAUUCCAACUCCCCCACAACAAUUUAAUCCUUCAAGAGUUAUGUUUCCUUGUCUUGCCUGGAAGACAAUAUUUGAGUUUUAAACCACAAGACCCUAAGAUAUAGGAGCAGAGUUAGGCCAUUCAGCCUAUCAAUUCUGCUCCAACAUUCCAUCAUUGCUGACCUAUUAUCCCUCUCAACCCCGUUCCUCUGCCUUCUCCUCAUAACCUUUCACGCCCUUACUAAUCAAGAACCUAUCAACCUCUGCUUUAGAUAUACCCAAUGGUAUACCCAUUGCACAAAUGGCCUCCACAGUCAUCUGUGGCAAUAAAUUACACGGAUUCAUUUGGCAAAAGAAGUUCCUCCUGCAUCUCUUUUCUAAAGGGAUGUUCCUCAAUUCUGAGACUGUGUUCUCUGGUUCUAAACUCCUCCUGCUAUAGGACACAUCUUCUCCAUUUCCACUCUAUCUAGGCCUUUCAAUAUUCGGUAGUUUCAGUGAGAUACCCCCACCCCCACCUCAUCUAAACUCCAGCAAAUACAGACCUAGAGCCAUCAUAUAUUUACCCUUUCGUCCUCAGGAUCAUUCUCGUGAAUCUCUUCUGGACUCACGUCAAUCAUUUUUGUGAACUACCCCUGGACCUUCCUCAAUACCAGCACAUCCUUCCUUAGAUAAGGGGCCCAAAACUGCGAACCAUACCCCAAGUGUGUUUUGACCAACAGCUUAUAAAGCCUCAAAUAAUAUUAUAUUUUUAAUUUCAUAAUAAUAACAAAUGGUGAAGCUUGUCACUAAAAAUUUCCAACCUAUGCAAUCUUUGGUUCCUUCUGUUCGGGUCACCAGAACCCAGCACACUCAGAAAUCAGUGUUGGUCAUGAAACCCAAAAGGGCUGAGAAGAUAGUUAACAUCUCAUGUCAGUGACUUUUCAGAUACUAAGGAAUUGUUUUUGACUUGAAGUGCUAAAUCUCUCUCUCUCCCCACUCCCCACUCUCCUUCUCUUUCCCUCUGUCUUUCUCGCUCUUCCCCUCUCCCCGCUCUCUCCCUCUCCUACCUGAACUGCUGUAUGCUUCCAGCAUUCUCCAAUUAUACUUCAGAUCUCCACUACUUUGCUAUUGUUUUUGUAAUCAUUUAUGUACAGUAUGUGAAAGAAUCCCAAUCUAUUGUUCGUUCCUGUGACCUUUUAUAUUCUGAUUCCACUAUAAUGAAUCCUUUUCCACUGAUCGUAUUCCAGAAUCAUAUUUUGCUGAGUAAUUCACCAGUUGUCCGAGAUUUAUUUCCUUUGGUUAUUGGUCAAUUGAUUAUUUGAUUAUUGAUCUUUCUGCUGAUGGACAAUAUUUCUCACCACCUUGUGAAUCAAAUCAAAUGAUUCCCCUCCAUAGAUGCUGCCUGACCUGCUGAGGUCUUCCAGCAUUUUUACUUGUUUAUUGAGAUACAGCAUGGAAUAGACCCUUCCGGCCCUUUGAGCCACCCUGCCCGGCGAUCCCCAGUUUAACCCUAACCUAAUCGUGGGAGAACUUACAAUGAGCAAACAACCUACCAACCACUAUAUCUUUAGACUGUAGGAGGAAAUCAGAGCACCAGGAGGAAACGCACGCGUUCACGGGGAGAAUAUACAAACUCUUUACAGGCAGCAGCAGGAAUUGAACCCCGGUCGCUGGUACUGUAAAGCAUUACACUACCAUAGUACUCUGGAUUUCCAGCAUCUGCAGAAUCUCUUGUGAUAAUUACUAUUUUUACUGAUGCCUUUUCACAAGGUUUUAAUCAUCAAACCAGGUCCUUGAGAACAGGUGGAGAAUUAGCUUGUCUAACAUGGAAGCCGUGCUUUCUCCCUGUGAGAUUUACCGAAUUGGUUCAGGGAACAAUGUAACUCAGCGAGAGCCAAUUCUUUGGGAUACAUGGGUACAUAGUGGAAUAAAAUUUUGCUGCCUACUAGGUCUGUUGGUUCGUGAGGCAUCGUGGUGGUGUAACAUUACAACAUCACUGAAUUUAGGCAGUGUGUUGGCUUGGUGUUCCCUUCAACCACAGAAUCAGAAUUGGUCCUAAUAUAGCUACAGCCUGGUGAAAAUCCAUGUUUAUCAUUUACAAUGUGUCACGUUUCAGUUUUGGACAAUCUAACUUACUUUAACUCAGAUGUGUUAAGUCAUUGAUAUUCAUCAAGCAGUUCACAGGCUGAGGUCAAUCAGUUUAAGAUAGACUAGGAACUGAGUAACACACGCAAAAUGAUGGGGGGAACUCAGCAGGUCAGGCAGCAUCUCAUGGAGGGAGAUAAACAGUCGAUGUUUAAG